AUGUCCGCGCACAGCCUGCUCAACAGCGUCUUCUCCUGCUCUUCCUCGGCCGCCGGCAGCGCCUCGCCCCCCUCCUCCAGAGGCUUCUCCAAGCGGCGGCUCCGCCAGACCCGCAGCCUGGACCCGGCCAUCAUCGGGCAGUCCGGCAGGGAAGAGGCGGCGGCGGAGACUUCAGCCCGCGCUCCCCGGGCCCGGGCAGCGAACAGCCCCUCGGCGGAACACUUGGCCGUCUCCUCCUCGCGCGCUCUGCUGCGCCCGGCCGGCGGGGGGCCACCUCUGGGCGCCUGCUCGCUGUCCACGCCCAGCACCCCGCUGGAGAAGUCCCCGUCGGGCAGCUUCCACUUCGACUACGAGAGCCCGCGCGGGAAGCGGCACACGGCGUGGGAGCUGCCCUUCCUGGCGCGCGCGCCCUCCGCCUCGGCCCUCAGCAGCGCCCCCGGGGCCGGUGGCGGCGGCGCGAACAGCAUCUUCUUUUCGCCCCGCAAGUGGCUCCAGCAGAGGAAGGGCCAGCAGCUGGCCAGCAGCCCCAACCGCGCCUACGUCGUCUGGAAAACCGAGGGUGACUUCACUUGGAACAGCAUGUCAGGACGCAGUGUCCGUCUGAAGACUGUUCCUGUUCAAAGCCUUUCAGAAUUGGAACGUGCCCGGCUACAGGAAGUGGCAUUUUAUCAGUUGCAGCAGGACUGUGACUUAGGAUGUCAGAUAACUAUUCCUAAAGAUGGACAAAAGAGGAAGAAAUCGUUACGAAAGAAACUGGACUCCCUUGGAAAGGAGAAAAACAAAGAUAAAGAAUUUGUACCACAAGCUUUUGGAAUGCCAUUAUCACAAGUAAUAGCCAAUGAUCGGGCCUACAAACUGAAGCAGGAUACUCAAAAAGAAGAGCAGAAGGAAGUUUCAGAGUUUGUAGCUUCCCUUUUGCCAUUUGGAAAUAAGAGGCAGAACAAAGAACUCUCAAGCAGUAACUCAUCUCUUAGCUCCACCUCGGAAACGCCAAAUGAAUCUACUUCACCUAACACACCAGAGCCAGCCCCACGAGCAAGAAGGAGGGGCGCAAUGUCUGUCGACUCUAUUACGGAUCUUGAUGACAGUCAGUCUCGACUUCUGGAAGCUCUACAGCUGUCAUUGCCUGCUGAAACUCAAAGCAAGAAAGAAAAGGCCAGAGACAAGAAACUAAGUCUCAACCCAAUUUACAGACAGGGAGUUCACCUGGGAUUACAGAACAGUCUGCAAACAGUGGGAAUAUUCAGAGUUGGAAGCUCAAAAAAAAGAGUAAGGCAGUUACGUGAAGAAUUUGACCGUGGCGUAGAUGUCAUACUGGAUGAAGAACACAGCAUCCAUGAUGUGGCUGCUUUAUUAAAGGAAUUUCUUCGUGAUAUGCCUGAUCCACUGCUGACUAGAGAACUAUAUACUCCUUUCAUCAAUACUCUCUUAUUAGAGCCCCAUGAACAACUGAACACUCUACAACUUCUUAUGUAUCUUCUACCUCCUUGCAAUUGUGACACUUUGCAUAGACUCCUCCAGUUCCUUGCCACUGUGGCUAGCCAUGCAGACAACAGAAUAGAUCAAGACAGCCAGGAGAUUCCUGGCAAUAAGAUGACAUCCCUUAACCUAGCCACUAUAUUUGGACCUAAUUUGUUGCACAAGCAGAAGACUACAGAUAAAGAAUUCACAGUUCAAAGCAGUGCUCGGGCUGAGGAGAGUACGGCGAUCAUUGCUGUGGUACAAAAGAUGAUAGAAAACUAUGAAAUGCUUUUCAUGGUCCCUGCUGACCUUCAAAAUGAAGUUUUAAUUAGCUUGCUUGAGACGGACCCAGAUGUGGUAGACUAUUUGCUGAGAAGGAAAGCUUCACAGUCCUCAAACCCUGAAAUGCUCCAGUCAGAAGGUCUAUUCUCCAUGGGAGGCAGACAUUCAUCCACAGAUUCAAAUAGAGCCUCAAGUGGUGAUGUCUCGCCUUAUGACAAUAAUUCCCCAGUACUCUCUGAACGCUCUCUGUUGGCAAUGCAAGAAGAUACAGCCCUCGGUUCUGAGCGGUUAUUCAAAGUACCUGAGCAGUGUAUGUUGGUCAGUAAUUCGCAGCCAAAAUCAAGAGAGAAUUCACCUGGAUCCUGGCUUGGGAAAGGAAACUUAUCACUGCCUUCACCUCAGUGGCCUGAGAGCACCACAGAAUUGGACAACACAAAGCAAAUCAUCCGAAGGAGUCAUACAACUGCUGCCCUUCCUGAAUGUCAUUCUCAUCCACCUCUCUCCCGGGUUUGUAGUACACCACAAAUAGAAGGUGGCAGAAAGAGUUCCUGCCAGUCAAACUCAGAGCGGCAUUUUUCUACUAGUAGCACAGAGCACUUUGUAGAGUGUGAUUCAGAUGCAACUUGCCUGCACAGCACAGCAAAAACAUGGUGCCAAAGGCCAGGUGAAAUAAUUAGAAAAGACAGGCCUCCACCACCACCUUAUCCUGAAACAGCAAAGCAAAGCUCUGCCUUGUCUCUCUGGCCAGCAGUCUCUUCAGCAGAGCAUCCAUCAUGGAGGCUUCAAAGGCCAGAAAUCCAUUCAGGGACUGUAGGGGAAGGAAAAGCAGUGACUGAAGUGCCUGAACAAUGUGCCCUGUUGGAAGAGCAGCAGCAGGACAACACAGGAACCAAGACUUCCAGUCUGGACAGCAAGCUGAACAGUAAAUUUUUGACAGAGCCAGACUGGCAUGACUGGCAGAGGGAUCGAUGGCAAAUUUGGGAGAUUUUAUCAACUGAUAAUCCAGAUGCCCUCCCUGAAACAUUAGUAUGAGUUGAGAUAUCAACACAGUCCUUGCUUUUCCCAGCUAGGGAAGGGAUGGUAAACAGAGGACUUGAUUCCAGCUCUGUUUUAUAUAGAGCAAAUGUCAUUUAAUUUUUUUAAGAAAGCUAUGUUCACUUUAUAUAAAUUUAAUAGCACUGUAAAGCAGUCCUCUCACAAAUAUGUUUUGUUCCUAGUUUUGUAGUCAUUGUAAGAGGGAAAAUAAGAUGACAAUUCCAGUCUUAGUCACUUUUAAAAUAAGCUUCAUGUACAAAAAAACGACAGCUUCUGUGUUGCCGAGAUGUAUUUAUGUAUCUGCAGUUCAGGUGAUUAGUAUUGCAAUGGUUUUGUACAAUAACAUCAUGUUCAUGUGCAGAAGAUAAAUAACGCUGACUGCUUUAAAAAAAUAUUUUAAUCACUGCACUUAGUUACACUACCACGAUAUGCAUUAAUGCCCAAUUAGAAAGUGCACAAGCUGGUUUCUGUGCUUUUAACUAACCUGAUUUGUGGAAGACAUAUAUUUUCACUGCCUGCAAGAAUCACCAAUGUGGAAUGAAGCCAUGAAAAGCCAUAUAUUUUAUAGUUGACAAGUUAGAGGGGAAGAGUAUCUAUGGAGUUAUUUUGCUAGUAAGCAAAAUUUUAAAUUUGUUGCAAUAUGACAAAAUGUGUGUGUGUGUGUAUGUGUGUGUAUUUAGAGUCUAUUAGAAAGCAUUCUCAUUUAACCCUUUAGAAGCCUUAACCAAAUACAAGCGGAACCAAAAAUUCUCUCUGCCAUUCCAUAUCACUGAAAUUUUAUAUGCACACUACAGUACAUCAUAUAUAUUUAUAAAUACAUGUUUUUAAAUCAAACUGGAAUCCAAAUAAAUGCCUAAAAUUAAGUAAGUUUUGUAACUUACGAUUAGACCUUUUCCCUCUUAUUAAAGCAACAAUGAUUUCAGUAUUAAGAAAAGCCUUUUAUAUGUCUGUGUUUAUUAGAUAAGUGUUUACAGAUCCCAUGUAUUGAUUCCAAAGUUAAUAUGACCAUUAUACAAAAGCUGUGCAAAGUGUUUCCUGUCCGUUACUGCUAUGCCUUACUUGUUACAUGAUGCUGUUAACACAAAUUGUAAUUAAACUGCAGAAAUAUUUAGGGUCAGCAGAUGGCAGUGUGGUGGUGUUUUUAAGUUUUUUUCCACUUGACAAGGGAAAGAUACUUAUGACAUGUUUAUAUUUUCACUAGUCCUAAUUUAAAAUGUUAAUGAAGUUAAAAGCUUCACGUGAUAUCUUUAGGUUCUAGCGUGUCAUAAUGAUAAAAAAGAAAGCCUUAUCAAAAUAUUUUUUCUGGAUUUUAUUGAUGGUAUUGCUACUAAUCUUUGAAUGUACUGUGCUUUUCUCUCUUCUAGCAGGUAAAAGCAACCUUGUUGACAUGUUUUAUGCAUCCAUAUGUUUUUAAGACCAGAGGCUUUCAAAGAUGUCCCCAAAUUCCUUAUGAGCAGGAGGAACAUGGAAGAAUUGCUCCUUCCUCUUUUUACUCAGUAUUUCAGUUGUUUUCAUAUCGACGGAAGAUUCCCUUUAUUCCCCUUUCAGGCUUUAAAAUCUAACAUUCCUUUAGGCCAUAUUUCUAAUUAUUAAUAUUUUGAUUGUGAUUAAUUUGUUAAAUAUUUACACCAUCGUGUAAAAAUUUAUUCCUUAUUUAAGAAAUAGAUUUAGUUAAAAAAAAUUUGUCAGAGUAAAAGUUAAUAAAGUCCAUGAACAUCUGAACAUAAAUGUAGCUUUUCUCCUCAAAAUGGUACAUAUUUCUGAAAGCAGUAGAUGACCAGGUGAUUUUACUCAAUUGGGCACUUACCAAAUAUUUUGAGUUGACUAGCAGUUUGUAAGGUAAGCUAGGCCAAAGUGUUCUAUUGACAUUGAAUAUGCAAAAUGCCAAAGGAAGGUCUUAGUUUUUGCAUCAUUUCAAUAUUUUCCUUUCCUGUAAGCCGGGGGCCAUGUUCACAGGCUAAACAAAUCAGAUAUCCUCAAGGUCAAAAUGUAAACUUUAAGAUUGUUCUAGCUAGUGCAUAUCAGAUUUUUUUUAGAAAAGCUUAGUGCACAAGUUAGUCAAGGUUGCUUUUUUAAACAAUCAGCCUGCUAUGCAUAAUAGACAGUUUUUAUUAACAAAUGUCCAAAGCAGAAAACAGCUGUUCAGAAUCCAUCACUGUAAAGGAGGAGACUUUUCUCUGAAAAUAUUUGUUUUAUACAUGCACAAUACAUGCUUUUGUUUAUAGGAGCCAGUGUAGUGUAGUGGUUAAGAGCAUCAGUUUGGUAUUUGUGUAAGCGUGUUGGAUAGCCUUGGACCAGCCAGACUCUCAUCCUAACCUACCUCACAGGGUUGUUGUGAGGAUAAAGUGGAAGAAAGAAGAAUGAUGUAAGCUUCCUUUGGGUCUCCAUUAAAGAGAAAGACAGGAUACAAAUAAAUAAUAAAAUAAUAAUAAAAUAAAAUAUUCUGUGUAGUAUUUAACAUGCAAGAAGUCAAGAUCAGACUAAUUCAUGAUCCUCCACCUCUUUAUGGUGUUGGUUAUACAUAAAGGCAGGAUCGUAAUAUCUGAGUAUCAGGUAAGCUGAGAAUCAGGUAAUUCAUGCUGAUAUUUAGUACUGGCUAAAAAAAAGUUUCAAUCAAUGUCUGUCUAGAUCCCAUAGUUAACACAAGUUCAUUGUGAAGGUAGUGACCAUAAAAUGUUUGUUAGUUUAUCAAAGGUGUCUUUUAUUUCAUUGAAAACAGUGGUGAUUCAGUCUAAGAAAUAAAGAUUUUUUACAAUAUA